AUGGGGCGACUUACGUGUCUAUUACUGAUAUUCACCGUGCUCUCGCUGUUUAUACUCAGUGUUUUGGCUGCUGGGAAGGAUUAUUAUCAAAUUCUGGGACUGGAUAGAAGCGCAUCAAAAAAGGAACUGAAGAGAGCCUACAAGGAUCUGUCUAAAAAAUAUCACCCAGACAAGAAUCCUGGCGACACUGAAUCAGAAGCUAAAUUUAUUGAAUUGGCACAAGCUUAUGAGGUUUUGACUGACGAUGAAAAGAGACGAAUCUAUGAUCAAUAUGGAGAAGAAGGCCUCAAACAACAAGGAGGAGGACAGCAUUUCCACAACCCAUUCGACAUAUUCUCACAAUUUGGGUUUGGUGGAGGCGGAUUCGCUCAACAGAACAAGAUGGAAAAGAAGGGCCCAGAGAUCAACAUGGACCUUCAUGUCACUCUAGAAGAACUGUUUCUUGGAACCAUUAUAGAGGUCGAGAUAAAUAAACAAGUUAUAUGUCCAGUGUGUAGAGGAUCUGGAGCCAAGAAAGCAGAAGAUGUGACAAACUGCAAAUCAUGUGGUGGAUCUGGUAUCAAAGUCGUUCGACAAAUGCUUGGACCUGGAAUAUAUCAACAAAUGCAGCAAACAUGCGAUGUAUGUAACGGCAAAGGAAAAGUAGCCUCUUCCAAAUGCCCGCAUUGCUCUGGCAAAAAGAUCAAGAGAGGAUCACAUCAACUCUCUGUAUCAGUCGAACGUGGAAUGCCAGACGGUUAUCGAAUCACAUUUGACGGUGAAGCUGACGAAUCACCUGAAUAUCGAGCUGGAGAUCUACACUUCCAUGUCAAGACGGAUUCGCAUCCUGUCUUUGUUCGACAAGGUGACAAUUUACGUAUUAAGGAGAUUCUAAAUUUGAAGGAAGCAUUGCUUGGGUUUGAACGUCAAAUCAAGCAUCUAGAUGGUAAAGAGAUUACCAUUGAAAGGAAGGGGGUUGUUACCCAGCCAGGUUUUGUGCAAGUAAUACCUGGACAAGGUAUGCCACACCAUCAGUUUCCAAGUGAUCGUGGGACGUUGUAUGUAGAAUAUAGUGUGGUCUUCCCGGAUAAGCUGACGGAUGACCAACAGAAACUGGUGGCCAAGCUCUUUGGCUCCUAA